GAUGAAUGGCAUCAGCUUUUCGGAUUUUGAAGCGUCCAGUUUCGAUGCUCUGUAUGGAAGUGGCUUUGCAAAUGCAAAGCACAUGGAUGAGGUCGGGAAGGAAUUCGCAAAGAUGAAGCCAGGUGAUAUGAUUCCCAAGGCUUUCCCGCAUGCCGUUGGGCCCUGGCUACAGCCUGGCUUGACACAAGCCCAAAAGGUGCGCACAAUCCAGCCGGCAGGUGGAGCUGAUGCGAGAUUGCAGGCAAGUCGUCAGAGCGGUCAAAGUCGCCGGCCAUGUGCCCUGCCAGCCCCCGGAGCCCAGCAGGUGCCCCUGAAUGACAUGGGAGUCAUACCCGGCAGCAGACGUGUUGAUCCUGGGGCACACGAAUGGCGACCCUCACAGGAAGCGCAUGCACGCGCUCAGAAUGCGCCAGGUCCAGCUACACUGGAGGCGCCAAGAGCAGCGCCAGCUAGCAAUCAGGGCGCCUUUGUUGGAUGGAAGUCGAAUUGA